GUCCCGGGAAAGUUGUGCCCGUGUUGCCAUCGGCUCGGAGCGGGAGCGGCUCCAGGAGCGGCAGCGGCGCGGUCGGGGGCUGCCGGGUGCGAGUGCCCUUCGGGGCGACACCCCCUCCCCCGCCCACCCUUCGACCCCCCCUGCCCUCGGUGCUGGUGAUGACCCUGAACACGCAGCCCGGAUGCAGGAGCCCGCUGCGGCGGAGGGCCAGCACCCCGCUCCCGCGGCCGGGUGGCUCUGGGGCCGCUUCGCGGAGUGAGCCCUUUCACCCCCAGCUCGGCCACACCGCCUCCGAGCCGGGCGGCAGGGCCCCCCGCAGCAGCUGGUGCCCUGACUCCUCGGGGUCCCCAAGGCUCAGGGAGCCCCGGUACCGAGUGGUGCUGCUGGGUGACCCCGGCGUGGGGAAGACCAGCCUGGUCAACCUCUUCGCCGGCGUCCAGGAAAGGGACCCGCUGGACCAGCACGGAGGGGUCGCGUACGAGCGCAGGCUGACCGUGGAUGGCGAGGAGACCACGCUGCUGGUGCUGGACACCUGGGAGUCAGAGCAGCGGGAUGAGGAGAGCCAGCGCCGUAGCCACUGCCUGCAGAUAGGGAAUGCCUACAUCAUCGUUUACUCUGUCACUGACCGGGACAGCUUCGAGAGCGCCUCGGAGCUGCGCAUCCACCUGCGCCGCGCACGCCAGGCUGAGGACAUCCCCAUCAUCCUGGUGGGGAACAAAACCGACCUGGUGCGCUGCCGGGAGGUGUCAGAGGAAGAGGGCCAGGCCUGUGCUGCUGUCUUCGACUGCAAGUUCAUUGAGACGUCGGCGGCUCUGCAGCACAACGUGGAUGAGCUCUUCGAGGGGGUGGUGCGGCAGAUCCGCCUCCGCCAAGGGGGCAAAAAGUCCCACCGGCACCCCCUGCCCAGCCAGAAGCACAAGGAGAGCCUUGCCAGCAGAGCCCGGCACUUCCUCGACAGGCUGGUGGCCAGGAACAGCAGCAAAGUGGGCCUCAAGGUCCGAUCCAAGUCCUGCCAUGACCUGUCUGUGCUCUGAGAGCCACGCUCCUGUCCCUCCACACGCGCCGGCUGGGACUCUGCUCUCUGCCAGCAGUGUGGCCAGUGGCUCUGUGAAGAGCUCAGACGGGGCUGGAGUGAUGCUGAGCAUGUGGAGCCGUUUUCACUGGUGCUGAGGGAUGCGAAGGUGCUCUGGAUCCGGCCACUCCCCUCCAGGAGAGGGGAUAAGUGGGAUCAGGUCCGUGGAGUGGAGUAUGGGAUGGGUACCUGCACUUGGAGUGGUGAGGUUUUGGAUCACAGCUGCUCCUGCAGAGCUGGAGGUGAGGGGUGGCUGUGCCCCAGAGCAGGGCUGAAGGCUACCAGGAGUGUGGCAGGUCCCACUCGCAGUGCUGUCCUUUGCAGGGCAGCAGGGACUGGCAAGGGCACUGUGGCAUUGUCCACCCUGGACAGCCUGGAGCCUGGCUGGGAAAAGGGGGCAGGGGAGCACCAGUGGCAUCACCUGGCACCCUGACCCUGCUGUGCCAGGGCUCUGUGCCAUGUCUCACUGGCAGCAGUGUGUUUCUGUGCUCUCUCUGUACUGGUGUGAUGGGGAAAACCCUUGAUCUGCAGAAUAAACCACAUCAGGGA